UGCAGAUUCCCAUCUCCCUUCUCAUCCCAGCCUGAUAGUAACACACAUGCUAUCCCUAGCCUGGCUUUCUCACUCUCCCUCAUCUCAUUGUUCCAGAGGCCAAAUCCCAAGUUCUUUCCAGGGAGUGGCUCUGUGCACAUCCUCCUCCAGCCAAAGUUAAGAACAGCAGAAGAGAGAGACGCACUGAGCAGCCAAAGGAAUCGGCAGGAAGACCAGAACACCAUAGACAAUAUGCUGCCCUUGGGACCCAAGGUGCUGCUGUUUCUUGCUGCAUUCGUCAUCCCCUCUGAUUGGAUACUCCUGGGGGUCAACAGUCAACGAGGAGACGAUGUGACUUCAGUGACGCCAGAAACUUUCACAGAAGAUCCUAAUCUGGUGAAUGAUCCUGCUACAGAUGAAACAGUUCUGGCUGAUAUUUCACCUUCCACAGAUGACGUGGCCUCCCCCGGUGAUAAAAAUGCCACUGCAGAUUGCCGGGUUGACCAAUUUGUUUGCACAAGGCUCUACUCUGUUCGUCGGCCAGUUCGACUGUGCGUUCAUCAGUCAUGCUUCAUCAAGUUUCGGCGUACGUACCUUGUCAACCAGGAGAUCUGCACCCGUCUUGUCUGUAAGGAACACGAAGCUAUGAAAGAUGAACUUUGCCGCCAGAUGGUUGGUCUGCCCCCUAGCAAACUCCGUCGUCGCUCCAAUUACGUCCUAGUCAAUCUCUGUGAAAAUGUGGAUUUGCAGAAACCCAGUGGUCUGUGAUCAUCAAAAAAGAGGAAAGAAGAAAAAAUAUGUGGGUGAGAGGAAGGAGAAGCUCCUUCUUCUUUAACCACUGACAGCUAACCUACUGACAGUAUUUCUUAAACCAAUCCUUUUGCAAUGUCCAACUUUUACCCCUACUCUCUCAUUUUUCACCCAAACUGAUAACAUUUAUCUCAUUUUUUAGCACGUAAAAUACAAAGCCUAUAUUAUUGCAUAAAUUCGCUGCUUCUCAAUAUCAUGCACGUAGUCGAUAGAUGAUGAGUGUAUAUGGCUUAUAUACAAACAUUCUAUGUACAAUUUCAAGGGAGACUAGACUUUAGGCUAAUGAUCUUUACUAUUGAAUCUGUCUGAUAUAGAUCUUAGGAUUGAAGAAGUUAUCCUUGUCUAUUUCAGCUAACCAUAUAACUUCAUUUAUUUUCCUCACUAGAGUUUCCUAGAUUAACUCCCCAUAUUUACAUGUUCCUCUUUACUCUUAUUUUAACUAUUUUGCUGGCCUGCCUGAAAAUUUGGCUGGCAAGUAUUCCUUAUGAGACAGAUCACGGUAAUGUUUAUAGUCCUGGAAGAUUCUGCAACACAGCUAAGAAUUAUACAAUCCUACUAGCAACAUAUAAGGACCCAAAAUGUCUUCUGUUGAGCUUAUGAGGACUAUGCCAGAUCUAGAACUUGGACUCAUAAUUCCCAAUUCAAUUUUUCAUGCAGUUGUCAGGUUGGGAAGUAAGGCUGGAAAGUCAGUCUCAUUUACUGAUUCGCUUAUGGUAGCGCUGGGGUUAACCCACCUCCACAAAGUAAAUUAGACAACUUCAUGUGAAACCGUAUCAUUGUUUGGCAUUUCUUUGAGUUGCGACUUCGUUCAUCCUCAUGACUGACCGAGUGCACAGUAGAUUUACUAUGUAGAUGGCUUCCGGAAUAUCCUAAUUGGGGCUAAGAAGAGCAUUCACACUUGAAUUUUAAUAGGCAGACAGAAAGCAUGCCUAAUGGUUAACAUAAAGAGUGAAAGAAACACAAUAUUCAGACAACCCACAUUCUUAUACUGGCUCUAGAAGUCACCAUGUAGCCUUGGAUAAGUCAUUUUCCUUCAUUAGGUCCUGGUUUAAGGUCAUCUUUAAAAUGAGAAGGUUAAAUUUAUAUUAGUUCUUCAGGGCGCAGUGGCUCACACCUGUAAUCCCAGAACUUUGGGAGGCUGAGGCAGGUGGAUCACUUGAGGUCAGGAGUUUGAGAUCAGCCUGAAACCCCAUCUCUAUUAAAAUACAAGAAUUCGCUAGGCAUGGUGGCGGGAGCCUGUAAUCCCAGCUACUCGGGAGGCUGAAGCAGGAGAAUCACUUGAACCUGGGAGGCAGAAGUUGCAGUGAGCCAAAAUCGCAUCAAUGCACUCCAGCCUGGGUGACAAGAUGAGAGUCCAUCUCAAAAUAAAAUAAAAUAAAAUAAAAAAUAGAUAUUCAUAGUUCUGAGAUUUCUUUUAAUUCUACAAUUCUCUGGAUGUAAUGCAUUAUUAGUAUUUCUUGAAGCUUAGAUACAGUCUAAUUCACACCAACCAUAUCUGCUUUAUCCUAGGUAAGGAUAGCAAUCCACAAUGUAACAGAACAAACUAUCAUUAUAACAAAUGACAAAUUAUAUAUGAUGAAUUCUCUGUCUGAAAAACUCCAUAACUUUCGAUAAAAACCAAUGGAAUUCACACAGGAACUAGGAGACAACUUACAUAUGACCGUGGAGAUUGUGUUCCUUUUAUAUUGCUGAGAAAACUAGUUAAAUGAUCAGAUUCUUGCUGUUAAGAAACAAUUUAGUUUAAUGGGAUCUGUACAACUGAUUAAAAAGAAAUGCUAGAAAAAGCCCCAAAGCAUAUAAUCUCUACUCCUUACAGUCUCUAGAAUUAAAUGUACUCAUUUAGACAGACACACUAAAUGCAUAUUGUAGCCACUUUAGACAAAUCUUACAGGCACAGUUUUCAAGAAUCAUUUUAAGAAUCUCUUUAUGAACUUGACCCUCCUACUCCACAUUGCAGCAUUUCCAUCAGACAGCACCUCAAUUCCAGUAUUAUGUAUGUUCCAAAUUAAAGAUUUAAAAAUAUUUUUUCCCAAUUUAUUUUUCAGAAUAAAAUGUCUUGUUCUGGU